UGCUCAUAUCCUUUUUAGAAGGCAUUUGUUGACAGAGUUUCGUGAUCAAGCCCAAAUAACAGUCGGUAUUGCAAAGUAACAAGUUAAAUGCAGACAUAAACUGAAAACAAAUGGAGCUGCAUAAUUUUGGCGCGAAUCAUGAACUAGAAGUACCCAAAAGGAAAAAUGGUUCAUAUUCGCUGCUAAGAAGAACGACUGGUCUGGCUCGGAAUCGAAAAUCUCGCUUAAACCGUGGGAUAAAACGGAGAAACGGCGUUCAAGACUUUACAUUGCAUACAGCUGUCACCGAAAAUGAUAUUGCGACAGUGAAGGAAAUUUUAGCAACUGUUAAUGAUGAGGAUAUCAACCGUCAGGAUGAAACAGGAAUGGCACCUUUGCACUAUGGGGCUAGGCUCGGUUUUGAACAGGCCACUUCCUUGCUUAUUGGUGGCAGGGCGUCACUGGAUCUCAAAGCAACCUGUGGUUCUACUGCUUUGCAUCUUGCCAUUAAGCAUAGAAAAAUAAAAGUUGCCACACUGCUGCUGAAAAAUGGUUCCAAUCCAAACAUCUAUGAUGAAAAUGGUCUGAAUGCAUUGAUCUUAGCUGCUAAAAAUGGCUUGUCCCAAAUUGUUGAGAUGAUAUUAGAAACAGAUUUUGUUGAGGUGAAUGCUCAAGAUAUGAAAAUGAAUACAGCUCUGCAUUAUGCAACAAUAAGGAAUGACUUUGAAAGUUUCAAGGUUUUGCUUGAAAACGGUGCUAAACCUGAAACUGCCAAUUCUCAUGGAGAGACCAUACUUCAUCUUGCUACUGCUGAGAAAAAUUCAUCUAUCAUCCAAAUCAUUCAGUCAUAUUUUUCACAAAAGGAGCAGAGUAAGGAUUCAAAAAUUUUCCACGAUGGCCUACUCAAUCGGAGAAGAAAUGAUUCAAAAACAGCGCUUCACAUAGCAUCUCAGUUAGGGGCUUUUGAAAUCAUGGAGGGUCUUAUCAAUAUGGGCUGUGAUGUUCUAGUUUGUACAUCAAACAAUACCUCUAUGCUUCAUUUAGCUGCAUCAAGUGGCAAUUGUAAUGCAGUGAAGCUUCUGCUCAAAGCUGGAGUACCAACUGAUUUGCAGGACAGACACAAACGGACAGCUUUGCAUUGGGCAGUGGAAGCUGGUAAUAGGAAUAUAGCACAUGCAUUAAUUGAAUAUAAUGCAAAUAUUGAUGCCAAAGAUGAGUUCUGCCUCACUCCCCUUCUGCUUGCUGCCAUAAAUGGUUGUGCUGACAUUGCUGUUUUGUUAUUAGAAUGUGGAGCCACGUGCAGUGUUAAAGAUGUUAAUUUGAAGAACAGCCUUCAUUAUGUAGCUAAGAGUGGAAACUAUGAGCUUGCGUCCUUGCUUCUAAAAAGUAUGAAAACUCUUAUUUAUGAUGUGGACAUGAAAGAUCGAACCCCUGUUCACUAUGCAGCACAAUAUGGACAUGCAGAGAUCUUAAGAUUAUUCAAGAGCGAAACAAUGCGAUUGAACGAAGAAGAUUGCAAUGGAGAUACCCCCAUGCACCUCGCAGCCAAGUAUGGAAAUGCGUCAUGUAUCGAAGUGCUUGCCAAAGAAGCUGAGAAAGAAACUCUUAAUUGUACAAAUCAGGACCAGCAAACGCCAUUACAUGUCGCUGUUAUCGCAAAACAACUAAAUGCCUGUGAGGUAUUACUUAAGAAUGGUGGAGACGUCGGCCUAGCUGAUAAAUCAAGUUGGACUGCUUUGCAUCACGCAGCUACUCAUGAUGAUGCUAGAAUUCUAGCGAUCCUGCUGGAGAGUGGCACAGAAUUAGACAAAGAAGAUGACUGGUGCAAUACCCCAUUGAUGAUUGCUGCUGAAGCAGGAAAUGUCAGCGGUGUCAUGUUGCUGAUAGAGCUAGGUGCUAACAUAAGGCAAAUAAAUGAGGACGGAGACAACUUUUUUGAUUUGGCAAUCGAUCUCCGCAAAGUUGAUGUCUGUAAAGCAGUUUUGGAGAGUGAUAGAUGGGAAGAAGUUAUGUCCAGCAAAGAUAGCCACGGGCAACAUUUUAUGAAAAAGCUAGUUGAAAGGUACCCUGACCAAGCAGAGGUUGUGCUUGAUCGAUCAACGAAAUUUUCAGAUCAUCAUCCAGAACAUCCAGAUUUCUCCGUAACGUUUGACUAUCAGUUCUUGGAAGAGUGUCCUAAGACGCAGUCAAUUCUCUCGGACACGUGUGCAGUGCUAAAAAAAAGUCGAAACGGACUGUAUUUUGCUCCCAAUAUAUUGGCGGAGUUUGGCAGAGAGAGUCUCAUGUCACAUCCCAUUAUAUCGAGUUUAUUCGAGAUUAAAUGGCAACGUGUUUGCAGAUACGUUUACUACCUGAGCUUUCUCCUAUAUCUGAUUUUCAUCGUUUCCUUGACUGUACUCAUAAUGCUGGAGGGGAAAGUGUUCAUAGCUAUCUCAGUGGAAAAGGCAAAGCUGAACACCACAUCAGACUUAAAAGCAAAUGAAGUCCGGAAACUCAUCGAAAAUUUGCCUUCAUCGAAAAAAAUUGGAAAAGUGUUCGGUUACUUCAUUUUAAUAUUCUGCGCUAUACAAAUACUGAAAGAGUUAUUGCAGUUUGUGGUGUUAGGCUGGAGAUACUUUGCGAGUAUUGCGAACUAUAUCGAAAUUGUUUUAUACGCCACGUCCUUAUAUUUUGUGAUAAAAUUCAUAUUUAACCCAACUGUGACAGAGAACUUGUACGAGACAGGAAUCAUAUGCAUUUUUCUGGGUUGGGGAAACACACUGCUGUUCUUGCAACGGAUUCCGCUAUUCCGCCUGUACAUUGUCAUGUUUGUUACUGUGUGUAUCACAAUUUUGAAACUAUUGGUGGUGUUCGGCCUGAUAAUUCUUUCAUUUACUUUGUCGUUCUACUUGCUGUUCAUCAGACAGAAAGCUUUUCACAGCCCUCUCAUCAGUGUAUCGAAAGUUUUAGUCAUGGUGACUGGUGAGUUUGAAUUUGAGGACGCUAUCAGUUCUCGGCUUGGUACCAAAGAUGGAUCGAACAUCCUGUAUGUUCCAUACCCAACUUUGUCCUACGUGAUAUUCAUCUGCUUUGUCUUCCUGGUUGCAGUUGCGUUCACGAAUCUUUUGGUAGGUUUGGCGGUUGGGGAUAUUGAGAACAUUCGUAAUCUUGCGACUGUCAGCAUCCUUCAGCAGCAACUAGAGUUUAUUGAAAGCGUCCAAGGAAUCUUGCCAAAGUAUUUCCUUCAGCGUUUUGUAUAUAUUCCAAAGUACACAUACUUCAUCAACAGGAGAAGCAAAUUUGAAAGGCUCAUGGUAGCGAUGGCAUUCGACACCAGAGGUGAAGACUUGAAAAAGCUUCGAAUGAAGCAGUUGGACUUUGAGACAAGGCUAGCGGUCAAUGGAGGCCCUGAUGAAUCGCAAAAACAAAGAAUAAACACUUUAGAGCAGUUAGUGGAAAAACAGCAUAUGAUGUUUAGUAUUAGUUUAGAUCAAAGAAUUGAAGCAAAUAGAAAAUAGAAUUAUCGCGAUAGAGCGGACUAAAUUUAAUGUUUUGUUAUUUGACUUUUUGAAAAUUUAUCUGUGAUUUUAUGUUCCUAAAGCUAUAUGAUUUUUACUUUAUUAGAAGUAGAUAUUAAUAGGAAAAUUGUAAUUUUGUUUAUAUUUUACUGUCGUGGGUAUCCAUAUUGAAAUUUAACAUUU